CCCCUGCCCACCUUCUGCCCCCAGAUCAAAUCCCAGCAGAGCGAAGUAACCCGCAUCCUGGAUGGGAAGCGCAUCCAGUACCAGCUAGUGGACAUCUCCCAGGACAACGCCCUACGGGAUGAGAUGCGAGCCUUGGCGGGCAACCCCAAGGCCACCCCACCCCAGAUUGUUAAUGGAGACCAGUACUGUGGGGACUAUGAGCUGUUUGUGGAGGCUGUGGAACAAAACACGCUGCAGGAGUUCCUGAAACUGGCCUGAGCCAAGCCCAGACUGGCCAACUGCAUUCCCUCCCCACAUUCCCCAGCCCCCGCCAUUGUGGGCCAUGAAGGACCUUGUGACCAACUCCCUGUUAUUCCUCACCUUCUGCCCUCGGAGCCCUGUCCCCCAUCCCAAGCCCCUCCUCCUCCCUUUAACUGUAGCCCCCUCUCCUCAUUCAGAGGCAGCAUUCCUGACCCAGUAGUCUCAGAAAUUGUCUUAAGCAACAGCCCAAGUGCUCGCUGUCUCAACCUGGCCCUGGGACUGCCACCCUGCCUGGCACUGGCUAAUGGGCAUCUUCGUUGGUUCCAUUAGCCUGGGCUCUGCCAAAGGCCCCGCAAUCCCCAACCUGGGAGCACCCUAGAGACAAUUAAAUGUCCCAUUCCA